GCAUUUUACAUGUAUUAGUUUAAACGGUUGGAAUUUCAAAUACGCACAUAUAUGUUCACAAUAUAUCUGUUCAUAUAUACAUAUAUAUGGUCAUAAAUCAGAUUUCCGAAUGCGUUUUAAAUGGCAGUAUUUGCUUGGUGACAUAUAAACUAUCGUCGCGCUCAAUAAGAUUUCAGCGCCUGCGUGUCGUCUAUAAAUCACUGUCAAAAUCUAUGAUUCUUUCUCUUUUCAAUUUGCUCUGAAAGAAAAAAGCACACUCAUUUUAUAUAAUCGCCUUUUCGUUUACUUUCGAGUGAUCAAGAAGUAGACCCGAGCUGUCUCCGUGCUCAAAUAAAUGUGCAAUAAUUCCUAAAAAGCAUCAGAAGUUGCGUGCGUCCGCGCGGGUUUGACUGGAGCGCUCCUGCAGAAGGUGCUGUGCGAACGCGCAUUUCAGCGUCCUGUCAAUAAAGCAGUCCACGAGCGCACAGAUCUGCGCGUUUUUUAUUAAUCCACCCUUCUCUCCUCUCUCCGAGUUAUUGAUCGGUCGCUUUUCGGAUUGUCGCCGGCCGGACACUUGGAGAGACUUUUUGUUGAUCUGAACGCGUGAGCGAGCAGCGCGCAACCGGACACCUGCGCGUCCGCUUCGGCUCGUGCAGAAAUGUUCCUCUGAUCCCACAGACUCUGAGUGGAAUUUUUGGGGGCUCGAUCGUGCCGUGGGUUUAUGUGAUAUUUUCUAAAAAAAAAAAAAAAUGCAUCAUCACCAUCAUCAUCAUCACCAUCAUCAUCAGAGAAUGGCCGCUUUAGGGACGGAUAAGGAACUCAGCGAUUUACUGGAUUUCAGCGCGAUGCGAAACAGCGAUUUGAAAAUGUUCCCCACGUCAAUGAUGUUUUCUCCUCCUGUCAGCGGCGGGAAGAACGGACCCACGUCUCUAGGAAGUGGACACUUCUCUGGAUCAAAUCUGGAGGAAAGAGCCGGUACGUCUUGGGGGAAUGGAGUCCGGGCCACAAAGAACUAUGCUGACGGCUCUCAGUACAGUCACAUGACCGGUCGGGACCUGGGGUCACAUGACAGCAUCUCUCCACCCUAUUCUAAUGCCAGGCUAGCAGGUAAAUCGGAGCGAGUGUCGUAUUCAUAUGGAAGAGACUCCAGCAUUCACUGUCAGUCGGGGCUCAUGGGAGGUGAAGUGGGAAUGGUCAGUCCAGAGACGGUUUCUCCAACUAAACUGGGCUCUCAGUAUUACCAGCACUAUGGGAAACCACGGCGGAGAACACUGCACAGCGACUCGAUGGAAGUCCAGACGAAAAAAGUGCGCAAAGUUCCUCCUGGGUUGCCUUCAUCAGUAUACGCACCGUCCGCCAGCACUGCCGAUUAUAACCGGGACUCACCGGGUUACCCGUCCUCUAAAGCACCGGGCAGCAGCUUUCCCAGUUCAUUCUUUAUGCCAGACGGUCAUCACAGUACAGACCCAUGGAGCUCCUCCGGCAGUAUGAACCAGCCCGGAUACAACAGCAUGCUGGGAAAUUCAACACACAGCGCACAGAGCAGCAGCUACUGCGGCCUACAUCCACACGACAGACUCAGUUAUCCGUCCCACUCGUCGGCAGAAAUCAACCCCAGUCUUCCUCCCAUGUCCAGUUUCCAUCGCAGCGGCGGCUCCAGUCACUACAGCACAGCGUCCUGCUCCGCAACCACCAACGGCACAGACAGCACCAUGGCGAAUCGAUCGUCGAGUGCAGCCGGAAGCAGCUCUCAGACUGGAGACGCUUUAGGAAAGGCUUUGGCUUCAGUGAGUCUGCAGAUUUAUUCCCCCGAUCACACCAAUAAUAGCUUCUCGUCGAACCCGUCCACUCCUGUGGGAUCCCCGCCCGCGCUCACAGCUGCGAGUACGGCUGUUUGGUCCAGAAACGGUCAAGGAGCUUCGUCCCCCAGUUAUGAACCACCGCUGCACUCAUUGCAAAGUCGUAUCGAGGACAGAUUGGAGCGGCUGGACGAUGCCAUUCACGUAUUGCGGAGUCAUGCGGUGGGUCCGUCCACGGCGAUGGCCGGCGCACAUGCAGAUAUGCACGGAUUGAUCACGCCUUCACACUCUCACAACGGGGCCAUGGGCGGAUAUAGCUCCGGACUGCUGCCCUCCAACAGACACUCGCUCAUGGUAAGAGGGGCUUUUAUUAUAUAUGCUGAGAGAUGCAAACGGACAAUAUCAGACUCUUCAUCUUUCAUCUUCGGGUUUUUGUAGGAGUGACUUUUUAGUAAAAAAAAAAAAAAGUUACAUGAGCAGACAUGAGGGCGUAUAACUACAUAUGUUAUAUAACAUAUACCCUCGCCGGCCACUUUAUUAGGUA